AUGGAUGUCUCUCUUUGCCCUACCAAGUGCAGUUUCUGGAGGGUAUUUUUGCUCUGGAGCAUUUGGGGAGACUAUCUGCUUUCGGUGCUGGCUUGCCCUGCGAAUUGCCUUUGCAGCAAGACAGACAUCAAUUGCAAGAAGCCGGAUGAUGGGAACCUCUUCCCUCUCUUGGAAGGGCAGGAUUCAGGCACCAGCAAUGGGAACACCAGCAUCAACAUCACUGACAUCUCAAGGAACAUCACUUCAAUACACAUAGAGAACUGGAAGAACUUGCAGACGCUGAAUGCUGUAGACAUGGAGCUGUACACGGGACUCCAGAGGCUGACAAUCAGGAACUCAGGACUUCGCAGCAUCCAGCCGCGAGCCUUUGCCAAGAACCCUCAUCUGCGCUACAUAAACCUCUCCGAUAACCGGCUUACCACACUGUCAUGGCAACUCUUCCAGACACUGAGACUUUCUGAACUGACACUCGAAAGAAACCUUUUUAACUGCAGCUGUGACAUCCGCUGGAUUCAGCUCUGGCAGGAGAAGGGUGAAGCAAACCUGCAGAAACAGGAGCUGUACUGCAUGAACAUGGAGGCUGCUGUCAUUCCCCUGCAGGAGAUGAACAUCACCCAGUGUGAUCUGCCCGAGAUCAGCGUCAGCCACAUUAACCUGACUGUGCGGGAAGGUGAGAACGCGGUGAUCACCUGCAAUGGCUCAGGCUCGCCGCUGCCAGACGUAGACUGGACGGUUGCAGAUCUGCACUCCAUCACUACUCACCAGACGAACCUCAACUGGACUAACGUUCAUGCCAUCAAUUUGACCCUGGUGAACGUCACCAGUGAGGAUAACGGGUUCCUCCUCAUGUGUAUUGCUGAGAACGUGGUGGGAAUGACCAAUGCCAGUGUGCUGCUCACGGUCUACUAUCCGCCACGCAUUCAGAGCCUGGAGGAGCCAGAGCUGCGUCUGGAGCACUGCAUUGAGUUUGUGGUGCAUGGGAACCCAGCGCCCAGCCUUCACUGGCUGCACAAUGGCCAGGUCCUCAGGGAGACUGAGAUCAUCCGCAUGGAGUUCUAUCAGCAGGGUGAAGUGUCUGAGGGCUGUCUACUCUUCAACAAGCCCACUCACUACAACAAUGGCAACUACACCCUCGUGGCCACCAACCCGCUGGGGACAGCCAACCAGACCAUCAAAGGGCACUUCCUCGAGAAGCCCUUUCCAGAGAGUACGGAUAACUUUGUCUCAAUUGGUGACUAUGAAGUGAGCCCCACCCCACCUAUCACCGUGACCCACAAACCAGAGGAGGAUACGUUUGGGGUAUCCAUAGCGGUUGGGCUUGCGGCUUUUGCCUGUGUCCUCUUGGUGGUGCUCUUUAUUAUGAUCAACAAGUAUGGUCGACGGUCCAAGUUUGGGAUGAAAGGUCCCGUGGCAGUGAUCAGCGGGGAGGAGGAUUCUGCCAGUCCCCUCCAUCAUAUCAACCAUGGCAUCACCACACCCUCGUCGCUGGAUGCUGGCCCGGACACGGUGGUGAUCGGCAUGACGCGUAUCCCCGUCAUCGAGAACCCCCAGUACUUCAGGCAAGGCCACAACUGCCACAAGCCAGACACAUAUGUUCAGCAUAUUAAGAGGAGAGACAUCGUUCUGAAGAGGGAACUGGGAGAAGGUGCCUUCGGGAAGGUGUUUUUGGCUGAGUGCUACAACCUUAGCCCCACCAAGGACAAGAUGCUGGUGGCAGUGAAGGCUCUGAAAGACCCCACUUUGGCAGCCCGCAAGGAUUUCCAGAGGGAGGCAGAGCUGCUCACCAACCUGCAGCAUGAGCACAUUGUCAAGUUCUAUGGGGUCUGCGGUGACGGGGACCCUCUCAUCAUGGUCUUUGAAUACAUGAAGCAUGGGGACCUGAAUAAGUUCCUGAGGGCGCAUGGCCCAGAUGCUAUGAUCCUGGUGGACGGGCAGCCUCGACAGGCCAAGGGGGAGCUGGGGCUGUCCCAGAUGCUGCACAUUGCCAGCCAGAUUGCCUCUGGAAUGGUGUACCUUGCUUCCCAGCACUUCGUCCACAGAGACCUGGCAACCAGGAACUGCUUGGUUGGAGCCAACCUGCUGGUGAAGAUUGGCGACUUUGGGAUGUCAAGAGAUGUCUACAGCACUGAUUACUACAGGGAAGGGCCGCAUCCGAAGGGCCAAUGCAGCGCAGCGUGGCAGCGGCAGAGACUAGCACGACCAGCAGCUAAAACAGGGGCCUCUAUCUUAUUCACUACACACCAUACAACAUCUGCAGUGAAAGAGGAAAGGAUGCUAUGGAUACCACCUUCAUUCAUGACACACCAUACAAUAUCCGCGGUGAAUGAGGUUGGAGGACACACCAUGCUGCCCAUCCGCUGGAUGCCCCCUGAGAGCAUCAUGUACCGGAAGUUCACAACAGAGAGUGACGUGUGGAGCUUUGGGGUGAUCCUCUGGGAGAUCUUCACAUAUGGGAAGCAGCCCUGGUUCCAGCUCUCAAACACAGAGGUCAUCGAGUGCAUCACCCAAGGCCGAGUCUUGGAGAGGCCUCGAGUUUGUCCCAAGGAGGUUUAUGACAUCAUGUUGGGCUGCUGGCAGAGGGAACCUCAGCAGCGGCUCAACAUCAAGGAAAUCUACAAGAUCCUUCAUGCUCUUGGCAAGGCCACACCAAUCUACCUGGACAUCCUUGGCUAGCAGUGGCCACUUGUCAAAAGUUCCUGCUCCUUCCUUCCUCCACCCUCCCCACCUCCUCUUCUCCCCGACC